AUGAGACCCUUCAUCCUGGCCUUCCUUGGCAUCUGCUGUCUCACUGCACACCUUGUGGAAGGUGUGGGGAGUGAAAUCCCAGAGAAGAGUAUCUGUCUGAGUCUAACCACCCGGCAAAUUCCCAUUAGCAGAAUUAAGAAGUACACCAUCAAGGAGGGCUCCGUACAGGCCAUAAUUUUAAUUACCAAACGUGGCCUAAAAUUCUGUGCUGAUCCACAAGCCAAGUGGGUGAAAUCCGCGAUCGAGAUCAUAGACGGCAAGUCCAAAGCCAAAAGUAACAUGCUCCAGACCCAGCCAAUAGGACCCCAGCAAUCCACAAGGACAGCUGCGACCCUGACUGGGUAGUGGACUUCUGGCACUUUGUCCCUUUGCCAGCUGGCUGGCUCAUUUCACUUUACAAGUUCACGGACUAAUUAAAUUGUACUCACUUUUUAUAAAAGUGCUGCUUGAAUCAAAAUCCUUUCUUGUAUUUUUAUUUUUUUAAGAUCUU